AUGACUAAAUUGCCCACUACUUAUUUGUUUACAAGUGGGAGAAUAACACUUUUAUUAUCGUUAGUCUUGAUAUUCGCAUUUACCGAUGCUAUUCCAAUUAUUAAGAGAUCAUUUAAAGAAGUAAUAUGUGGUUCGGGUGCUACUAUUUUUAUAGGUGCCGCAGCUGGUAGUGCAAAAAUUACAGGUGUAGUGUGUACUCCUGAAGCCCAAGUUGCAAUCGGGGCACUGACAUUUGGAGAAGGCGGUGCAGUUGCUUGCUUAGGCUGGUUUGCAACGUCGUUGGUCCUCGCUGCUGCUGGUGCUGCAUUUGCUGCUUACGGUACAAGUGAUUGGAAUUGGGAAUGGGAGAAAACUGGUGUUGCAAUUUCUACGAGAGAUUCUAAUAUUGUGAGUUACACAAAUACCAGCAACGGCCAGAUUAUUACAAAAGAUACAUAUUUAGAAGAUUUUUUUCAAGAAGCGUUGAUGAAAAGAGAAAUUGUUGAUUGGGAUUUAAUACAAUAUUAUUAUAUCACACCAUAUUCCAUUGUUUCUAAUGCAUCUGUGCCUUUAGCUAUUGAUUUUACAAAAAACGGGAAUUACGUUCCUGUGACCUAUUCAUAUAUGCAUUCAAACGGUACUAUGAUCACUACUUUAACAAGCAAAAACGAUAUUGCUUCUCAACAUGAAAUAUUUGUUGCUUGGAUUAAUGAUUCUCAAUUGUUGAAGCGUGAUGAAACUGCAACAUGGUGGUCAUAUAAUACUUACGGGGCAAAUCCAGGUAGGUGUAACGAUUUGGAACAACAUUUAAACACUUACAGCUCAGACUACAAGCAAGACUGGGAACAGAUUGGAAUGGCAAUUGCAAGUAUUGAUAACAACAAUAUUCCCUCAAAAUUCUGCUUAAGUGCCAGUGAUGGAGAUACUACAGUGAGAGAAAAUUCGGCUAUUGUUGGUGAGAUAUAUGCUAACCAAUAUGGUGGUAUCGACGGUACUUGUUAG